AGAUUAUUAUUAAGACACCAUGGCUUUGGUGAAUUUUCCCAAACAAGGGUAGUUGGAAGAUUUGUAAAGUGAGUUUAUGAUAUGUUCCUACCUUGGUAAUGUUGCAAGCUCCAUGUUCCCACCUUGUUCCAGUUGACUUCUUCUGUUCUUCAAGAGUAAGAAAAGAUAAUCAAACCGGAGUUAAUUUCGGUUUGGUAUAUCACAUAAGUUUAAGGGACAGUUAACACUACAAAACAGAGGAAACAGAGUAGAAGACAAAAAGACUGAAAGCUGAAACCUUUCCAAAAAUGGCACAGAACCCUCAUAAGUCACUCUUCUUCUUAGCGCUAUUUACGUAUUUUACACUCGCCAGUAUUCCGGUGAUCGUUUCCGGCGAGCCCCCUCUCUUAUUCACUUUCGGCGACUCUUCCUACGAUGUGGGCAACACGAAGUUCUUCUCCUCGGAGUUCGAUCCAGCCACCGCCUGGCCUUACGGUGACUCCGUCGAUGAUCCAACCGGUCGUUGGUCUGACGGCCUCAUUGUCCCAGACUUCGUUGGUCGAUUGAUUGGUCAACGUGAACCAAUCCCUCCGGUACUUGAUCCAAAAGCCGAUCUUUCUCGAGGAGCAAGCUUCGCUAUGGCUGGAGCUGUUGUUCUUGGAUCUCAAUCCAAGACUGUAACUAUGAAUUUUGGAGAACAGAUUUCGAAAUUUGUAGAGUUGCAUAAGAAAUGGACGGAUAAAAAACGAGCAGAAGCUAUAUACAUGUUGAACAUUGGAGCUGAUGAUUACUUGAAUUUCGAAAAGGAUCAUCCAAAUGCUAAUCCUGUGGAGCAGAUUGCUCAUGUAGCCAACGUUCUCUCUAGGAUAUCAAGAGAGCUCAUGAAAUUAUACAAGUCAGGUGGGGCGAGGAAGUUUGCGGUACAGAGCUUGGGACCGCUUGGUUGCUUGCCGAUAGUGAGACAAGAGUUAAAGACAGGUGAAAGUUGUAUGGAGAUGGUUAACUUCAUGGUGAAAACGCACAAUGAAAGGCUUAGUCGUGUGCUCCAUGCGAUGACCGUACCAUACCGUGGCUUACGGUACAGCUUCUUUGAUUUCAACGGUGAAAUCCUCCGGAGGAUCAAUGAACCAUCACUCCACGGAUAUACUGAUACAAUGACUUCUUGCUGUGGUACUGGAUCGAGAAAUGCAUUCGGGUGCGGUUAUAGCAACGUGCAUUCAAAGCUCUGCAGCUACCAGAAAUCGUUUCUGUUCUUCGACGGGCGUCACAACACUGAGAAAACUGAUAAAGAAAUCGCUAAUUUGUUUUAUUCUGGAGACAAACAUGUCGUCUCUCCGGUGAAUAUAAGGGAUCUCGUAGGUAAACCUGUGUCCGAUCUUCCAGCGCAAGAAAUCUAGAAACCCUAAUCCUGUUCUGUUUCUUUGUGAAAUAAGUAAAUGGUUGUUGUUGUAAGCUGUAACACUCGAAUUCCAUUUCAUACCGAAACGAGGAUAUACAAAAAAAAAAAAACCGUUUACAUUAAAAACGUCUAGAGCCGAAACAGUGUUUAAAGAUUGUAAGGUGCAGUGACAUUAGGCGAGCUUAUUACAAGUGAGCUGAGAAUGACGCGACAAGUAACCUUCUUUAUGCGAAUAAUACAAGAACAAGACGAAAGAAUCUUAAGAAAACAAGGUUGAAUAGUGUUGAUCGUUGUUAACCUGAUUUGAAAGAAGUAAAGUUCGAUUGAUCAGAGGAACCAUAUGGAAGGAAACGAUUGGUUAUGUGCUUUCCAUUUAUCGGCAAGAGCUCGAGCGGCUAGCCGGCUACUGAGAAACCUUUCCACUGUCGCUUACCUCUUGAGCUGAAUUCAUCAGAGGAGCAAACAAAAUAUAAAAGCUCUCCGUCUCUCUCUCCGGUUAUAUACAGUACUUCAGCAACAUCUUAUGAUCAGAAAUUCAGAACAACGAAACCGCAUUGAACCGAACCUAAGAACCUCCUAAACCGAUUUUUUUCUUUUUUUAAUACGAAUGAAUCAAUGAAGCCUUGAACCGAACCGAACCGAAUCUAAACCAGCUUCGAAUUAAAACCGCCGCUUCGUCAUUCGACAACUUGAGCAGUGGCCUUGAUCAUGUUUCCUUAAUUUUCACUCAAUCACACUAUUGUUUUGUUUCCGAAGAAUCUUUCUUUCUCUUUUUUUUUGCUUUUAAAGUGAACCACCAGAUUAAAACUGAAAGUUGUUCGCAUUAUUCAAAACUGAUUUAUAUAUAAAGCAUUUCUCUUCUCAAUAUAUAUCAACCAAGCAAAGUUCUGUUAGUCAGAGAAAGAAAAUUCAUAGUAAGAAAUAAGAGAGGUUCCAAAUAGAUUUUAUUAUAAUGUUAAAUAUGUUUGGGGGGUUACAAAACAAAAAUAACGCAUUCGAGAGUGAUGAUGAUACGCUACAACAAAUAUAAAAACAGAGAGAUCAGAAGAUUACUAAAAAGUGUCAUUUAAAAA